CUGAUGACUGGCGGCAUCAGAUAUUCCAUUAAAGGCUCUGGAUCCCAACCAACUUCUAGGUUCAAUUUAUUUGCAGGCUGUCACCAUCAUGGCCUUGCUCUCCUAGUCCUGAAGUUGCUUUCCUUCACAAUCUUGGCAGGGCUUCUGGUGGCUGUCCUCAUCCAAGGCUCUAAAGUCUCCUGUUCCCAAGGGCAGUCAAAGCAUGAGAUCAACCAGGAGCUGAGCCAGCUGAAGGCUGGAGUAGAUCGCCUGUGCCGCCGCUGCCCCUGGGACUGGACAUUUUUCCAAGGAAAUUGCUACUUCUUCUCUAAGUCCCAACGGAACUGGAAAAGUUCUAUCACUGCCUGCCAGGAAGUGGGGGCCCAAAUAGUGAUCAUUGAAAGUGAUGAAGAGCAGAGCUUCCUACAGCAGACUUCUAAGAAUAAAGGCCAAACCUGGAUGGGGAUGUCAGACCUGAAUGAGGAAAGCACAUGGCACUGGGUGGAUGGUUCACCUCUAUCAUCCAGCUUCAAGAAGUACUGGAAUAAAGGAGAGCCCAACAAUGCAGGGGAGGAAGACUGUGCGGAAUUUAGUGGUGGUGGAUGGAAUGAUGCCAGUUGUGAUACAGAGAAAUUCUGGAUCUGCAAGAAUUCUUCACUGUCCUGCUCCAACAACUGAAUGCCUAGUUCUUCCUGGCCUUUCAUCAUUGAGAGCUUCACAAAGG